CUGAGGAAAAACAGUGGAAUCUUGAGGGUCGUUUUGACUUGUGUAGUACUUAGGGCAAUUCUAGUUACCUAUACCUUAUACAUUUCAAACUUCCCCAAGUUGGCCGUUCCAAGAUAUCAAUAUAACUUAAAUUUCCUCAAUUUAAAAGGCGUAAACGACCACGAUGAUGCGCAGGAUGAAGAGGUACACUCUGUUAAAUCCAGGUCAUAUUUGACGGGAGAAUACAAGUUCCCUGUCACAACUUUUUUUGGGUUUUUUAAAAACGCUCGAAAGGAUUUAGAUGGUGGAAAUGAAUUUGAAAAAUUGAAUAGAAAUUGGUUAAAAUUGAUUCCAUUUACCAGCUGGGACGCGGAACGGUUUUUGCACAGCAGCCUGAACAAUUUAGUAUACACAUCUAUGGAUUCGUGCGCCUUCUUCCCCUUCUUCCCCCUUAUUAUUAAAUUGGUUGCAAAAUUAGGUUUAUAUGUCGCUUCUAAGUUUACACAUGUUGGCAAUGUUGAAGAAGUGUUGGUUCUGACCCUCGUAGGCGUAGUGUUAAAUAACGUUCUUUGCGUUCUAAACUGUGUAUUAGUAUACCUGAUCAUUGUUAAAAUGCUGUCAUUUAGAGCAUUUACAUAUGUUAAAAACUCUAACAAAAAAUUGACCAAGUUUAAAUUGGCAAGCUACGAAAUAGAAAGAAUCGGUUAUUUCAGCUGCUUUGCAUACAACGUAUCUCCAGGAUUCAUAUUUACGACCGCCGUAUACACAGAGCCCGUGUACUCAAUUCUCAAUUAUUCAGUAAUUUUGCUCUUUCUGAAGUCACAUGAAGCAAAGUUGGGAAUAUUUAGGGAGCUACUUGUGGUUUUACUCAUAUUCAUCAGCUGUUUCAUACGCUCAAACAGUACUUUACUCAUAGUACCACUGUUUUUUUACACCCUGAACACAUGUCCGCUUGUAUCGUAUAUAUAUAAAAAGUGCGGAAUGACAAAAAAGGACUUUGGAAAGUUAAAGAGGACGAAUUCGCUGUUUAAAUUGGCAAUAUGCACACUUGUACACUGGUUUAAAAGCUUUCUAUACUUGUUGACAAUAAUGGUGCCGUUCAUUUUAAUACAGCUCUACGGAUACCUACUGUACUGCGACAAGUUAAACUUGAAGGAAUUCGCGGCUUUGUCCAGAUUCGACAAAUAUUUACUUGGCUUAUUUAAGUCGAUUAUCAGUGUUAUGAAUAUUAAACCGAGUAGUAGUGGCAGUGGCAGUGGCAGUGAAUAUGUUUUUACCAAUUUCAAAUCACUGUUUAAUAAGCUAGAAGAUGACUACGAGAGGCCGUGGUGUAACUGGAGGCUCCCGUCAGUUUACAAGUACGUGCAGAAGCGCUACUGGGGAGUAAAGCUGUUCUACUCGUUCAGCUCAGUGGAAAACGCAGUACACCUACUCUACACGCUUCCGACCAUCGUAGUUAUCAUAAUGUACAUACACCAAGCAGCUGUAUACUAUUGUAACCUCUGUAAGGAGGCUUUGAGCACUACCACCGGCCACACGAGGCGCAGAGGCGUCGGCACCUUUAUAAAGCUAAUGGCCGUCUACAACGCACUAAACACGUGCGAGUUCUGGUUAUUAAUACACUUGAUAAUAACGAUGAGUUCAUUUUUACUAUUUUCGCACGUUCAAAUCUUAUUCAGGCAGUCGCUGUGCCUAAUUCAAUACCUAUUACAGUUUUCAAUCGUCAUAAACAACAUUUACUCAAACAAGUUCAGGGGAGUGUCCACUGCAAUAUUUCUAUAUCACAUAACACUGUGCUUCGUGGGCAUCAUCUUGUUCUCCAACUUCAUAGGCUGGACCUGA